UGGACAUAAAUAGGCAUCACUCUACAGUGGGAAGAACAACACAGAUCAUCAGGACCAAGCUGUCGCAAACUCGGGUAGCUGCUUUCAGCUCUGCAGGAUACUAGAGUAAUGGCAGGGAUCUCAACUGAUGUCCUCUCCAGACCAGAUGACAUUUUGGGAAGGGAUGCUGCAGGCCAAGAAAACCAAAACAAGAGAACACCAGUGGACAAUCUAUCAUUGACAUCCAGCAACAAUGACUUCUCCUUCAGCCUCUACAAGGAGCUGGCCUUAAAGAAUCCAGAUAAAAACAUCGUCUUCUCCCCUCUCAGCAUCUCAGCUGCUUUGGCCAUCCUGUCCCUGGGAGCAAGUAGCAAAACUCUGCAAGAGAUUCUCGAAGGUCUCAAGUUCAAUCUCACAGAGACCCCUGAGGCAGACAUUCACCAGGGCUUUGGGCAGCUCCUACUCAUGCUCAGUCAGCCAGGGGACCAAGUGCAGAUCAGCACGGGCAGUGCCAUGUUUGUUGAAAAGCGCCUGCAGAUCUUGGCAGAGUUCAAGGAGAAGGCAAGGGCACUGUACCAGGCCGAGGCCUCAAGUGUCGACUUCCAGCAGCCUCAUGAGGCCAAAAAGCUCAUCAAUGACUAUGUGAGGAAUCAGACCCAGGGGAAGAUCAAGGACCUGAUCUCAGGCCUGGAUAAGAGUGCAUUAAUGGUGCUGGUGAACUACAUCUACUUUAAAGGGAAAUGGAAGUUUCCCUUUGAUCCUCAUGACACAUUUGAAUCUGAGUUUCACUUGGAUAAGGACAGAUCUGUGAAGGUGCCAAUGAUGAAAAUUGAGCGCCUGACCACACCCUACCUCCGGGAUGAGAAGCUCUCCUGCACUGUGGUGGAGCUGAAGUACACAGGCAAUGCUAGCGCCCUGUUCAUCCUCCCUGAUGUGGGCAGGAUGCAGCAGGUAGAAGCCAGCUUGCAGCCAGAGACCCUGAGGAAGUGGAGGGACUCUCUGAGUCCCAGGAUGAUCGAUGAGCUCUAUAUGCCCAAGUUCUCCAUCUCCACUGACUACGGCCUGGAGAAAAUCCUUCCACAGCUGGGCAUCAGAGAAGUCUUCUCCACACAGGCUGACCUGUCUGGGAUCACAGGGUCCAAGAACCUGAGGGUCUCUCAGGUGGUCCACAAGGCUGUGCUGGACGUGGCUGAGACAGGCACAGAAGCAGCAGCUGCCACAGGAUUCAAACUGAUCCCACUCUGUAGGAAAAUUAUUUCUAUGUCAGUGCGUUUCAACAGGCCAUUUUUGAUGUUUGUCUCUGAAGCAAAUACUCAGAUGAUCCUCUUUCUGGCCAAAAUAUCCAACCCCAAGUGUGGCUAGAACUUUCCAAGGUGAGAGCCUUCUGCACAGGUGCCCAGGAGGGAGAAGGCAUGUGGGUGUGUGCAUUUUUGACAAAAUUCUCUGAUUGGCUUUGUACACCUGGCUUGGAUAGUGACUGUGACUAACUCCAUGGCUCCCACAUGCACAGGAGCCUUAGACUUCAGUGUCUGCCUCAGGCCUCCUGGGAGCACCUGCUCAUGUUCUGAACGUGGAAUCUGUCUUAUGUCCUCCUGCUGCUCACUGCCCUGUAUGUGCCUGUACCCAAGUGUGGGCACUGGCAGGCAGGCUCGGUCCCAGUGUAAUCUCUAGGCACAUCUGCUUUCAGCUUCCGUGGCCUUGCUGGGAUCAUGUAAGCUCACAGGCCAAUCCAUGAGGAUCAGGCCCAGGACUGAGAGGGAACCUGCUGCACUGACUCUCAUUCCGGCAUCGGGUACCACCUGGUGACAAGUUCCUGCCUUGUGCUUCCCUCCUCCAGUCCCCAGGCUCUGCAACCCACCCCUUGCAGCAGAUGCUGGCCGUGCCCUUAUCUGACCAAUGUUGCAGGCUUCACUCCUGUUGAAAGGCUGUUGGUCAGAAAAACUCCUUUCCUGAUAGCACCCCUACUUACAGUAGAAUACCCAUUUUCUUAGUCUGCAACUAUCAUCCUCGCAUUCCAGUUUGAUACCCCCGCAUUCCUUACUGUAUAUGCAGGCCUUGCAACAAAGGAUCAAUAAACGGAUA